UAGUAGAAUUUUAGUGGAAAUUUUGAAGUAAAAUAUACUAGAUAUGAUGAAAACUGAAUUAAAUACACAAGUUAAAGGGAAUAAAGAAGAAGAUAAACAACCCAAUGCAGAAGAGAAUGGCCAGAAUUUACAAGACCUCAAUGUUUCAGUAGCUUCUUUUCGGAUAUUAAAGACCAACAGAUGGGUCAAUGAUGAGAUAGUUAAUGCAAUGGUGACCCUCUUAAAUGAAUAUAAAAGUCCUAAAAGAUACUAUCGAAAGAGAAAGAGGAGUACUGAUCCUCUAAGUAGCUUAACUAAAGGUCUAAAAGAUAUUUUAAUCCUAAACACUUAUUUCUGCCAAGCUUAUUUUGAGUUGAAGAAUACAUGACGAAGAAAGUUGUUUAACAAACUUGAUAGGUAUCUUUACAAACAGAUUGUGAAAAAAGAUAAGCGAGUGUUCAAGAAAAUAAUUGUACCCAUAAUGUACUGCUCUCAUUGGUUUUGCCUCCAUGUAGACCUCACAAGGGGAAAGAUAAGAAUCUAUGAUUCCUUGAUAGAAAAAAUGUAUUCAAAGAGUUAUGAGGCUGCAGAGCUGCUAUGCUUCUAUCUUGAAAGAUCAUCAGUGGUUCUGAGAAUUAUGACAAAGAUUCUCAAGAUCAACUCCGAAAAGCAGAUCGAGAACUGGUUUACAGAGAAAAGAUUGAAUGAUGUACGUGAUAAAGGAUUCAAAUCAUGAUUCCAAAUCUCUUUUGCUAGAUGCCCCCAACAAGAUAAUACUUACGACUGAGGAGUAUUUCUUUGAAUGAACCUCUUCUGAAUCGCUAGUCGUAUUAAUGAGAUAGACUAUAUUACACACAGCGACUAUAUGAGAGGAUGAAUCGGACAAACACUGCUUUCCAAAGACCUCAAAACUCUCCAAAACUUCAUUAAAACACCACUAAGCUCCAUCCUCUAGCCUAAAUUACGUUUCUUCCCUCUAAUUCUUCUU